AUGGAAUCCUGUGAUGGAAAAAGUUCCUCGAAAGCAGAAAUUACAAAAAUAAUCUCCUUAACUAAACAAAUUAAAAUAAAUUCUCCAGAUGAGUAUAUUAAAGGACAAUGUAUGCAAAUGUGCCCCCAAGAAGAAAUACUAAUGCGAGAGAAGGAACGCCUGCUUCAUGUUCUCGAAAUGGUUCCUGGUACCGAAAAACAUAAGAAGCCCCAAUCAGACAGAAGCAAAAUGGUAAAAUCAUUCUCACGAUCAGCAGCAGGAAAACAAUUACAAAAUCCUAAAAACUUGAGACCUCCAUCUGUUUUAUUGGAAACUAUACAUUAUUUAUUUGAUGAAAUUCUACUAAAUAAACGUGUACCCUGGCAUGUCACUUACGACUUUCUAAUGGACCGUUUGAGAUCCGUAAGACAAGAUAUGAUAGUACAAAAUCUUUCAGUAGCUGCAUCUAUAUGUAUUUUACAACCUAUUGUUAGGUUUUAUGCAUAUGCAGCUUAUAGGCUCUGUGAAGAACCUCUAGUAAAUUAUGAUCCUCACAUCAACGAAACUCAUUUACAAGAAUCCCUUAAAAGAUUAUUGUGUCUUUACGAUGAAUGCGAUCGACUAUUUUCCAAUGAAAUUAUUAGCCAGGACAGUUAUUGCAUCAAGCGGUUAGAAAACACAAGGCCUGAAUUUGAAGCUUUAUAUUUGAUUUUGAAUUUGGGAAGUACAACUGCUUUAAUGAGAGGUUUGAGUUUACCAGUAAAAUUGAGAAAGAAUGGGCUUGUGCAAAAGGCUAUUAGUCUUUCUAUGAGUUAUUGCAAAAAUAACUUUGUUAGAGUUUGUUAUGAAAUUCCUACAUUUUCAGUUUUAUUGCAAGGAGUAGUUGCUGCAAUACAUCUUCCAGAAAUAAGAAGAAAAGCACUAAAUAUAAUGUCAGUAGCGUAUCAUUGUAAAAAUUCAGCAUACCCUUUGCUGGUCUUAAAGAAGCUAUUGCUUUAUAAUGAUUUGAAUGAAGUUGUUAGUGACUGCAAUUAUUUCGGCCUCAAAUGUGAUAAAAUUACCAAUGUUCACUUUAUCAAGACUGAUUUUGAUAACAGCAAAAUUAAGGUGCCUUCGACUCAUCUUAAGACUAUAGAUGCAGAAUUUGAAAAUGUUAAAAUAAGUGAUCUUAUUCUAAAUGGUUAA